UAUAUAAAUCACAAACACGACACAAACACACAGUCUCACAUGACACCAAAUCUCAUCUUCAUUGUCAUCAGCCACAUCCUAAUUCUUUUUUCCUUCUUCGAUCUUCACUGAUUUUCAAUACGUUAGAUUCCGAUUCAUAUCCACGAAAUUCAAUCAAAUUGGAUCCAUGGAAGCAUUCUCUGGUCAAUCUUCUUGAGUUUGAAGGAAGAUGCCAGGAUUAACAACCGGGAAUGAUCAAUUCAGUGAUGAGCAAUCAAAACCUGCUCUCUCCGCCAAUGGAUUCUGGUCUAAGAACCUUGGCGACAUUAGCCACAAUCAGCUCCAGAAGGUACUGCAUCCAAUUAUAUGUUUUCCAGAUUCAUUUCUUUGUUAUUGGAUUGGAAUUGUGCUAGAUCACUGUUGUUUUUGUAUUUGUUGUUGUGUUUGUUCAUGAUGUGUUGUUUAACUAUGUAUUGGAUCUUGCAGCUUAAGAAAUUCAUUCAUGAAUUGCCUUGGGUCGUGGGUUUUAGGAUGUUUGAUUGUUGUUACAUGCAAUUUUAUUACUUUUGUGUUUUGACAAAUUGAAAUUCAGUUUACUCCUUAUGUUCACAUCAAUACCUUGUAAAGGUAUAUAUAAAUGAAGUGAUGCUACAUAUGAAUUUCGAAUAUUUCGAUUGCCCAUUCAGUUAUAUUCCACCCUUUUUUUUACACGCAUUGCCUUGCUCGAGGUUGAGUUUAGGCAAUGGCUUAUUAAUUAUUAUAAGCAACUAACAAUUUUUUAAAUAAUGUGCUCGAGGUUUUAAAUUUGCGGUUGGGUUGCCGAAUUGCGGACAAAUGUGGGUUGAUGCAGCUGCAAUUGCGGCCCCGAGGCCGAUGCGGGGAGAAGAAAACCCUUUACAUUGUGGCUGCAAUUGCGGUUGCAGACCGCAAUUUGAAAUUCUGAAUUUGGUUAAUAUGUCUCGCAUUGCAUUCGUUGCUUUCUUGUGAUACAGUUCUGGAGUGGGCUAUCACCACAAGCUCGGCAAGAACUCUUGAGGAUAGACAAACAAGCGCUCUUUGAGCAAGUGCGAAAAAAUAUGUACUGCUCCAGGUGCAAUGGGCUUCUUCUUGAAGGCUUUAUGCAGAUUGUUUUGUAUGGGAAAUCUUUGGAGCAAGAGGGAGCAGGUGUUCACGUUCCUUGAAGCAGACCUGGUGGUUUCAAAAAUCAAAAUAGCAUUAAAUCAUCCACUUUGAAUGGGGUCCAGGAUGAAACUCAAGAUCCAUCGUUCCAUCCUUGGGGAGGUUUGACCACAACGCGUGAGGGUUUGCUAACACUUAUGGAUUGCUACUUGUACUCAAAGUCUCUGAAAGGACUGCAAAUUGUAUUUGAUGGGGCACGUGCAAGAGAGCGGGAAAGAGAACUGCUUUAUCCUGAUGCCUGUGGUGGGGGAGGCCAUGGUUUGUGGACUGGUAUGGGCUUACCGGCUUUGUAACUUAGCGGGCUUAGGCAUUUCUGUAAACAUUGGGCCUGGCGAUCCAUGACCCAAACGGGUCAAAACACAAUCAUAUAUAUAAAGGACACCGCCCAAGCGGUGGGGGAUCCAACGCAUUUUCACUCAUUUUACUUGUCUCAUUUUACUUUCGCUCUCUGAUUUGCUUAGCCCGACUCUCUGUGUUCUAGACCGGAACAUUGGCGCCCACCGUGGGGCCGACGGAAUCUUUCCUAGGCUUCAUUUCUCACAGAAAUGGUAACUCGAUCCGGGGCGAACGGAGAGAGGAACCAAAUCCAUCAGGAUAAUGUUCCUCCCGACGUUCUUCAACGGAUCAUGGACGAUCUCAAUGAUCUCCGCCAACAUAAUCAACAACUGCAAACUCAACUUGCUGAACUUAACCAAGUUAGGGGCUUGCAGGAGGGCGAUCGAAGAAUGGCCGAAACAGUUGUGGACUUUCAACCUUUCACAGAUGAAAUUGCAAACAGUACCGUCCCAGAUAAUUUGAAGACACUUGUUCUUGAUUCGUAUUUUGGAGAUUCUGAUCCAAAAGAGCAUUUGGUGUACUUUAAUACCAAAAUGGUUAUCGUAGGCGCUUCAGAUGCGUUGAAAUGCAAAAUGCUUCCUUCAACUUUCAAGAAAUCAGCGAUGACUUGGUUUACCACUUUGCCGCCUCGCUCAAUUGCUGGAUUUAUGGAUUUGUCCGCCAAAUAUUUGUCUCAGUUCUCAACUAUCGCGUCCAGAAGGUGACUCCAGCAGCUUUAUUCAACAUUCAACAAAGGCCUAAUGAAAGCCUUCAAUCGUUUAUGGGGCGUUUCAAUCAACUCUCAGUUCAUUUGGAGGACAAGAUGCCAGAGAUUUGCAUAGCAGCUUUUGAGUUAGGGCUCCAACCAAGCAGUUUGAACAGUAAUUUAAGUCGUAAGCCCGUGGAAACAAUGGUUGAAUUGUGUAACAGGGUGCAGGGCUUCAUUCGCGAGGAGCAAAGUGAUCGCAUAAAGAAAAACCGCAAAAAUGCGGCGGUUAUUGGCCAACAACAGCAAGGAGAUUCGAAGAAGGCGACGGUUAACGAUCAGCGUUCGGGUGGAGCGGUUUCCAAGGGCGAAAGAGGUUACAACAAUUCAAGUCGUUACGAUAACCGCUCCAACUUUCGCAAUCGUGCUCAGCCUUAUGGAAAUCGUGGGUAUGGACACUCAAUGACGUGGACCAGAAACCAACAAGACAGGUCGGUCCCACUAGCGGUUAAUUUGACAGAGGCUUUGCACAUGUGUUUGGAGGCUAACACAAUUCGUUUUUCGAAACAACCGAAACGCCCACUGGCAACGUGGACAGAUCUAAGUGGUGUGAAUACCAUCGAAUCGCGGGGCAUAACACUGAUGAUUGUUUUACACUAAAGAAAGAGAUAGAGGAUUUGAUAAAAGCAGGAUGCAUGACGAAUCAGGCGAAUUAUUGCUAUCAAACUAUGCCGAAAUAUUGCUAUCAAACUAUGCCGUUUGGGCUUAAGAAUGCAGGAGCUACUUAUCAGAGGCUGAUGGAUAGAGUUUUUGAGAAACAAGUGGGGUGCAACAUGGAGAUUUAUGUGGAUGACAUGGUGGUCAAAUCGGAGGAAAUGGGUGGACAUUGUCUAGAUUUAGCUGAGGCUUUCAGAGAAAUCAGAAAGCACAACAUGCGCUUUAAUCCGGAAAAAAUGUUCUUUUGGGAUUCAAAGUGGAAAGUUUUUGGGCUUCAUGAUUACUAGAAGGGGAAUUGAGGUCAAUCCUGACAAGUGUAAAGCAAUUCUGGAAAUGCAAAGCCCAACAUCAAUGAAGGACGUGCAAAAGCUAACAGGAAGGAUAUCAGCUAUGUCAAGGUUUCUACCUUGUUCUGGAAGCAAAUCAGCACCAUUUUUUCAAUGCUUAAGGAAAAACAGAGUUUUUCAGUGGACAGAUGAAUGCGAACAAGCUUUUCAAAAUCUCAAGGAGCAUCUAUCUAAGCCUCCUAUAUUGUCAAAGCCAAUUCCAGGUACACCUUUAUCGGUUUUCAUUUCUAUAUCAGAUAAUGCUGUGAGUUCUGUUUUAUUGCAAGAAUGCAAAGAUGAAUUGAGAAUUAUAUAUUUUGUGAGCCAUGCUUUACAAGGGGCUGAGACAAGAUACCAAAAAAUAGAAAAGGCUGCACUUGCCUUAAUUAUCUCCGCCCGAAAGUUGAGGCCUUAUUUCCAAGGUUUUCAAAUCAAAGUCAAAACUGACUUUCCUUUGCGUCAAGUGUUGCAAAAACCUGACUUGGCAGGGCGUAUGGUAUCGUGGGCUGUUGAAUUGUCAGAGUUUGGUAUUGUGUUUGAAAAGAAAGGUCAGGUUAAAGCGCAAGUGUUAGCAGAUUUUGUCAAUGAAAUGUCUCCAGAGGUAAAGGUUUCAGAAGAGGUGGAGUGGAUUUUGUCAGUUGAUGGGUCAUCUAAUUUAAAUGGCAGUGGAGCAGGAGUGGUCUUAGAAGGGCCAGGUGGAGUAAUUAUUGAGCAAUCGUUAAAAUUCGACUUCAAAGAAAGUAACAACCAGGCAGAAUAUGAAGCAAUUAUAGCUGGGAUAAAUUUGGCUAUUGAGAUGAAUGUUCAUUGUCUCGUGAUCAAAACUGAUUCUCAGCUGGUUGCAAAUCAAAUAAAGGGAGACUAUCAGGCGAAGGAUAUUCAAUUGGCCAAGUAUUUAAUGAAGACUCAAGAGUUGAUGAAGCGCAUGGAUAGUGUACAGGUCAAUCACGUUCCUAGAGAGGAAAAUACCAGGGCUGAUGUUCUCUCCAAGUUAGCAAGCACGAAGAAUCCAGGUAACAACAAGUCAGUGAUCCAAGAAAAUUUGAAAAGUCCAAGUGUGAAUGAAGAUGAUAUUGUAAUGGUAGCUGGAACAGCAUCCCCAGAUUGGAUGGAUCGAAUUAAAAUAUGUUUAGAGGCAGAUGGGGCAGACUUAGCUUUAUUUUCCAAAGAUCAGGUUCGCGAAGCCAGUCACUAUGUGCUUUUGGGAGAUCAACUUUACAGAAGGGGCGUAGGAGUUCCAUUGCUGAGGUGUGUAACAUGAGAUGAGGCUAACAUGAUUAUGUUUGAGGUUCAUGAGGGAGUUUGUGCAAGUCAUGUGGGCGGAAGGUCUUUGGCUGCAAAAGUGCUUAGAGCUGGGUUCUAUUGGCCAACUCUGAAAAGUGAUUGUAUGGAGUAUGCGAAAAAAUGUGAGAAGUGUCAGGUUUAUGCUGAUUUGCACAGAGCACCUCCAGAAGUGUUAAGUUCUAUGAGUUCUUCGUGGCCAUUCGCUAUGUGGGGCGUAGAUAUUCUGGGACCCUUCACUCCUGCAGGGGCUCAGAUCAGGUUUGUUAUGGUGGCUGUCGAUUAUUUUACUAAGUGGAUUGAAGCAGAAUCAAUGGCGAAGAUUACAGCUGAAAAGGUUAAAAAGUUUUAUUGGAAAAAGAUAAUUUGCAGAUUUGGUGUCCCAGCAACAGUGGUGUCAGAUAAUGGAACGCAAUUCACAAGCAGAAUAGUCAGGGAUUUUUGUGAUGAAAUGGGAAUUGAGAUGAGGUUUGCUUCUGUUGAGCAUCCACAAUCUAAUGGCCAGGUGGAAGCGGCGAACAAAGUAAUUCUGAAUGGCAUCAAAAAGCGAUUGGGUGAAGCAAAAGGUUUGUGGGCUGAUGAGUUAUUAACAGUGGCCUGGGCUUACAACACAACACCCCAAUCCACUACAGGUGAAACACCGUUCAAGCUUACAUAUGGGGUGGAUGCAAUGAUUCCCGUGGAGAUCCAGGAUAUGACUUUCAGGGUUGCAACAUAUGAUGAGAAUCAAAAUCAUGAGAAUAAGCUGAUAGAUUUGAAUUUGGCUGAGGAAGUGAAAGCAGAGGUUCGCUUGAGGUAGGCUGCAGUGAAACAAAGGUCAGAAAGGCGUUACAAUACCAGAGUGGUUCCAAGGCACAUGCAAGUAGGUGAUCUUGUUUUGCGCAGAAAGGCUAAAGGUCCAGAUGAUUCAAAGUUAUCACCUAAUUGGGAAGGUCCUUACAGAAUUCUGCGUGAUUUGGGACAAGGGGCUUACCACUUAGAAGAACUAUCUGGGCGAAGGAUUCCGAGGGCUUGGAAUGCACAGCACCUGCGUUAUUAUUACAGUUGAUUCGCCCAACGUGUGGAGCAUUGUUGUUUUAGUUUGUUUGUUGUGUUAAAGACUAUGUGGUGUGUUCUCUUUAUGGUUUGUGUGUUUGUAUCGUAAAAACUACGUUUGUUUGUGUGUUAAGACUUAGUGUAACGUGCUCUUUUCUCUACCUGAAAAGGAGAGUUUUUAAUGAGGCGUUGCACAUUAUAAUGAAUAACAGGUAUGCACUCUUUUCUCUACCCCAGGCGGGAGAGUUUUUAACGAGGCAUAACCUUUUUAAAAUAUUUGCCUUGAUCCGCAUAAUAUUUUUCUUAUUUACAACUUAGGUCUAUCAAUUGGGCGAUGUCAGACAAUUGAGAAAGAGUAAGUCUCUUAAAACUAGAGCAUUUGGCCGCGAAUUCAUGAGCACAGCCUUAAUUUGGAUUUAAGCUUGUCCAAUUUGAAUUCAUGUUUUUAGUGGGUUUUAAUGACAGAACACAACGUAUGGCAUUGGUUCGCCAUACGUCGCCUUUAAUAUGCUUUACAUUUUUUACAAGUUUCAAAUAUUUUCAUAUCUGUCUUAUGU